UCUCUCUCUCUCUCUCUCUGUAUCUGUAUAUAUAUUAGGACUACAUCAUCUGGUUUUGAUAGAAGUUCCGUAAUUAUAAUCUCUCUCCUUUGCUCAGUAUUUGCAUGGAGUUGUUCCGAGCUUCUGGUCUCGCAUGUCUGCUCAUACCCACCGCUGCCUUCUUCUUCGCCCUCGUCGUCCUCGUCCUCCUCCGCGCCUCCGGCCGGCGGAGGCGCAGGCUGCCGCCUGGGAACCUGGGGCUCCCGGUGAUCGGUGAGACGCUGCAGCUCAUCGCGGCCUACAAGACGGAGAACCCCGAGCCGUUCAUCGACGACAGGGUGCGGCGGUUCGGGCCGGUGUUCGCGACCCACGUGUUCGGGGAGCCGACCGUCUUCUCUGCCGACCCGGACACGAACCGGUUCAUAUUGCAGAACGAAGGGAAGCUCUUCGAGUGCAGCUACCCGAAGUCGCUCUGCAAUCUCCUCGGGAAGCAUUCGUUGCUCCUGAUGAAGGGGGGUCUCCACAAGAGGAUGCAUUCGCUGACCAUGAGCUUCGGGAAUUCCUCCAUUAUUAGGGACCACCUGCUGGUGGACAUCGACCGGUUGAUCCGGCUCAACCUGGAGUCCUGGUCCGACCGAGUCCUCCUGAUGGAGGAGGCCAAGAAGAUAACGUUCGAGCUCACGAUGAAGCAGCUGAUGAGCUUCGAUCCGUGCGAGUGGACGGAGAGCUUGAGGAAGGAGUACGUCCUUGUGAUCGAAGGGUUCUUCAGUGUUCCUCUGCCCAUCUUCUCCACCACCUACCGCAGAGCCAUUAAAGCUAGGACGAAGGUGGCGGAAGCUUUGAGCUUGGUGGUGAGGCAGAGGAGGAAACAGUGCGAGGCGGGCAUGAGGAAGAAUGACAUGCUGGGAGCUCUCUUGGACGGCGGCGGAGGUGGGGGGUUCUCCGACGAGCAGAUAGUCGAUUUCCUGGUGGCGUUGCUGGUCGCCGGCUACGAGACCACCUCCACCAUCAUGACCCUCGCCGUCAAGUUCCUCACCGAAGCGCCUCGCGCUUUGGGCCAGCUCAAGGAAGAGCAUGACCAGAUUAGAGCCAGGAAGUAUCCUUGCGAGAGUCUAGAUUGGAAUGACUACAAGUCCAUGCCCUUCACGCAAUGCGUUAUCAAUGAGACUCUGCGAGUCGCAAACAUCAUUAGCGGAGUGUUCAGGCGAGCGAUGACGGAUGUUAGCGUGAAAGGUUAUACAAUUCCUAAAGGGUGGAAAGUGUUCGCUUCGUUUCGCGCCGUGCAUCUAGAUCAAGAUCACUUCAAGGAAGCUCGCACUUUUAACCCGUGGAGAUGGCAGAGCAAUUCCGGCUCGCCGACCCCUGGAAACAUCUUCACACCGUUCGGAGGAGGCCCUCGGCUCUGUCCCGGAUACGAGCUAGCUAGAGCGGAGAUAUCCGUGUUCCUUCACCACCUAGUUACUCGUUUCAGUUGGGUUCCGGCGGAAGAAGACAAGUUGGUCUUCUUCCCGACGACGCGGACGCAGAAGCGGUAUCCCAUCCAUGUCCGUCGGCACGAUGCGGUCGGGCAAUGUACAUAGUAGGGGGGAGCGAAUCUUCGCCCGAGACGCGAGAAGGACGGAGUUAGCGGUUGUAGAAUAGAAGAUGUAUGGGGGAUCCAAUAACUAUAAGAAAUCAAGUCACUGAUAAUAUUAUAUAGCAACUGUUGAGAUUAUUUCGUUCA